AUGUUUAAAGACUCCUCAGCUUUUGGCAUUGUCUCGCUCAUCUCUCUGGCUGUCCUUUCUUAUGAACGUUACUGCACCAUGACAGGAACAACAGAGGCCGAUACCACAAACUACAAGAAAACAUGGGCAGGGAUUGUCCUGUCCUGGACGUACUCCCUGGUCUGGACUGCACCCCCCCUUUUCGGCUGGAGCAGUUACGGGCCAGAAGGACCAGGGACAACAUGCUCCGUGAACUGGCAUUCAAAGGAUGCUAACAAUGCAUCCUACAUCAUAUGUCUGUUCAUCUUUUGCCUCUUAAUCCCUUUCGUCGUUAUUGUUUAUUCGUACGGGAAGCUGCUGUGCGCUGUAAGGCAGGUGAGUGGCAUCAAUAAAGGGAUGGGUCGGACCCGGGAACAGCGCAUCCUGAUCAUGGUGGUGGUGAUGGUAAUUUGCUUUCUCCUUUGCUGGCUGCCGUAUGCGACUGUGGCACUUAUAGCUACAUUUGGGAAACCUGGUCUCAUCACCCCUGCAGCCAGCAUCAUCCCAUCCAUCCUUGCCAAAAGCAGCACAGUCUACAACCCCAUCAUCUACAUAUUUCUGAACAAACAGUUUUACAGGUGCUUUUUGGCGCUUCUGAGAUGCAACAAAGCCGCUGCAAACUCCAGCAACAAAGCCUCGUCCAGGUCCUGCCACGCGCUGCAGCGGGCGCAGGGUGACACCGGCCCUGUGGUGGCUGCCUCAGCCAGGCAGCCCUUGCCCAAGAGCCCAGACCCUACUGGGAACCUGCACCCACCUCCAGAAGAGACCCCAACAGCUAAAGAAGCCGUGCUGGGGGCCGACUGCAGCGCCUGACCCAGACUGCUGGGCUAACGCCACCGGCUGCCCCCUUGUGUUUGGGAAGUUUGAGUCCAGACGUGAGAGUUUUUGCCAAAUAACCUCAGUUUGCACCUUUGUUUCUAAUGAAUUGCCCGUCUGCUCCCUCAAGAGGUUGGUUUCACUGAUAAGCCAUUUCCUUCUUUCUCAGAGACUCUUCCCUAAUCAAACGCUGGGAGUUCUGGAAGAAAACAAAAUAAAACCUGCAGAUGCCUCUAGAAAAAGUUUCUUUUAAAAAAACAACAAACAACAAACCCCUAGUCUAAAGACUUUCUGCCAAAAACCAACCAACCAAAAAAACCCCAAACCCAACGACGACAAAGCAGAGGUCCAGAGCACCUUGCUGCAGAACUGCUCCAGGAAACAACUUGCACAUGAAGAGGGGAAGCAAGCGGGUUGUUUUCCAGUAGUGAAACUACCGGUGUGCAGAUGGUCUCCCUCUGGUUUGGAUUACACUGUACCUCCAAAGUCUCACUUCACUUUUCAAUACAAACCUGAACAGAUUAUGAAGAACUACAGUUACGAAUUACAGCUCUACUAAAAUUUAAAGUGCAUAUAUUGGAUAUGUUUUGAAGUAUAGAAAUUGCAGCUCAAGCUUGAGAAACCAAGUAUUUUAGGGAUUUUUUUUUUUUAAUUAUCAGCUUACGAAGUUAUUGCAGCAAAGAAUAAUUUCUUCAUAACACCCAGUGAACAAACAACUCUCUGAGUACGCAGCACUCCGCUGGGUAAAGCCCUCACCUCUGGAAAUCUGCCAGUUCAUAAGUGCUAAGACAAAAGCAAGAGUGAUUCCAGCUCUUUUUAGAAGCGUGUUUAUCUGAGUAUUUGUGGAGCCAGAAGGGCCAAGCCAGUGAGUGUAGGCUGUGAGCAGGGCAGCUGCAUUCAUUUAUAUCAGCCGAAACCUCGGGGCAUUGAGCAGUAGGGGGUACAGUGUAUUUUUACCCUGACUGGUCGCAGUGGCCCCAUCAGGAAAGCUGGUUGGGGACCUUCAACAGGAUCUUCCUCUUAGACCAUCUUUGGGAACUGGAGUGACAGAUGGUACCUUCUACAAACAGAAAAGUGUUGGAAAGCCUCAGAAGUGCAGCUGGAAGAAGAAUCGAAAACAAACACAGAACCACCUUCUCCCUCAUUAACUCUGAGCACAAUUCCAAUAUUUUGACAGUAUUUGUCAUCCCAAACAGGAAGGAAAAUGUCAAAUAGCACCAUUCUGUGGAGAAUUACUUUUCAAAUCCCAAACUGCGUGGAAAUGCCAUCUUUCAGAUGAGCUUCACGCUGAAGUACGUCCACACCACCGCCAAGGUAGCCAUCAAAAAUUGGUAUCACAGCACUUUAAUUACCUUGCAUUAGCCAAGCCAGAACCGGGAAACAGAGAGGUUCAGAUGAAUGAGUAAUGUGGGAGAAACAGUUAACUGGACUUUUUUGAUCACUGCAUGAGUUGGAUCCAUUUCAAAUUGGCCAUGCUAGAUGGUUCCCUAUACAUACAUGUGUCAUGUUCAGGAAUAAGUGAACUGCUAAGGACUUCAGCACAGUCACCAGUUGCAGCUGCCCAGGAGUAAGAAUGCAGGAAUCUGCCUGUAAUUCUUACCUGGAAGUAAAGACAUCUAGCCCCAGAUCAGACCAGUGACAACCUUAAAGCUGAGUAUUGCAUUUAAGAGAGAGCAGUACUGAGAAAUGACUGGCACAAAACCUUCCUAGGGUCAGCAGAUUCCCCAAGCAGCCCAUGCUGGACAUCUCCAAACAGCCCUCAAGGAUGAUGCAAGCCCCUGCAUCUCUGCUUCCCCCACUGAGCCUGCCAAAUGCACUCGAAUCAAUCAAAAGUCAUUCCCAUUCAAAUGUCUUAAACCUUCAGUUUUACCACCAAAUACCUAUGCCCUUCGCGUGCCCUCUCGGAGGCAGAGGGCAUUUGCCAGCAGCAGGGCUGGCACAGCGCAGCCCUACCACGUCCUUCAGACUGGUUUCCAUCUCCAUCUCCUCACCACCACAGAGCACUCCAUGCACAUUGCUACAAGAGUCUCUGUUUCAAACAGAUUUGAUCCGCCCCCCUCCCCCCGCAAUGACCAUAAGCUGUCUUUCCCUUCCAGGGAUGUGGGUUUCUUUUUUCUUUGCAACGUUACCAAAAGCCUUCUCAUACUCUCACACAUUACUGCACAAUCUGCUAGUUCUUUUUUUAUUCCUAAGCCACAAUUAUAGUAAUAACCUCAAUAACAACAAAUAUUUUCAAAUACAGAAGCUGAACCCAUGAAGUGAGGCUUUUACUGAGGUUGUAUUGGUGGAUGAAAUCAAAGCAACGGAUGCCCUUAUUGCUAAUGAAUACACCACAUCAAUUAUUUAUUCCCAAGCACAUACUUUUAAAGGAUGCUUUGUUAUUUUCAGAUUACAAAGCAUAGCAGAGUUUUUUCAAUUCAUCUUUUCCUUUCCUUGGUAUCGUGCCUAGGUGGAUUAUUCAAUGUCAAGGUCUAUUUCUACGUUAGUAUGAGUUUUGCAGCUCUGUGACUGGUGAUUUUUGUAGAUGCAAGAAUCUGUUCCGUCCUCUUUUAGUAUACAAAUUUGGCUUUGGUGCACAUCUUCGAGGUGUUAAAAUAGUGUGUGGCUUGUGAUACAUAUUUAUGUUUUCAACACAAAUCGUUAGUUUCUGUUCCAUUAACCCUGUAACCAAUGGCAAACACCACCUGCAACUCCGCUCCAGCAAGAGGCUUGUAACCGCAACAAUGCCGGUUGGAAACAUGCAGGACAUUACAGCUAUAAAUAAAAAGAUUCUUGUGCCAUACCUUGCUAGCCUUAUUUCUUAUGUGCAAGCAGAACAGCCUGGUCUCUCCAUGCUUUCACAGGUAAGCGGUUUUUGACAGAGGACUUCAGGCUGAAUUGCGCAGUAGCAAGAGUAGUGGAAAUAGCAAACUUGAGAAAUGGGAUUGCCAUGACCCAGUGUAAUCCAGAAAUAAUAACCAUAAAAAUAUUAUAACACCAAAAGGUUUCUAAGCCUUCCUAAACAUUUCACAGAAUCACAGAAUGGCAAGGGUUGGAAGGGACCUCAGGAG